AUGUCUACCGGACGCAAGGUCUUCCACUGCGCCGUGGACGAAACGGCUCUGACCACCAAUAUCAGCGAAAUCAAGAAAUGGACGGCGAACGGCGCAAUUACUUUGAUUGUGCCUCUUUACACCCUGGAACGCCUACAUGCUCUCAAACGAGCCGGAUCACAAGUCGCUAUCAACGCCCGCGAGGCUGUCCGCUUUCUCGACCGAGUCACCUCCGGAAAAGAUAAUGUCCCCGUCGACCACGUCGUUCUGCAAGGCCCGAUGGAACAGUAUGAGACCUGGGCCCAAGCGGAGAAUUAUUUUCUACCGGAAUUCGAGGAGGAACCGGAGGCAGCAGCCAACGGAGAUAUUACCACUGUCGACAAGACCGAUCUUAUUCGCGGAUCCGAGAAGAAUAACAUGGUCGGCAAAAAUGGCGAUUCCCCCGACGAUCUGUCCCAGAUGCUUCUGAGCAAGCUGAACUUCAAAAAGGAUUCUGAUGCGGUUUCGAUCACUUCCGUUGGAACUCGCAGUGGCCAGGCCUCUCCUCCGUCUUCCAGAAGCUCCCGGACUAGCCCAGAAUGUAGUGGCUCACACCUGCUCGCUAAUGGAAGCUCUAAGGAUGUCAAGGCAGCAGUCGCCAUUGGACAUCGCCGUUCCGCUUCCGGCUCUACUAUCCCCUCGGUGCCCUCGUCGCUACGGCCGUUGCUCUCUGCGCUCAUCUGGCGACUGUACAGUGGCCCGGAGGCUGGGAGAAAUUGCAUUUUGAUCACCAACGACCGCGAAACUCAGACCUGGGCCCAGAAAUUCGGCAUUGGAACCAAGAAUAUCCAUCAGUUGCGGACCGCCAUCCAAUAUGAGGAGCGGGAGUACAAGAACAGAUGCAAGUAUGCAGAGAAGACGCAAACCAUCGUGACUAGCGAGCCGAAGACCCUUCUCUCAUACGAGGAAGACGAAAGCGAUGAAGACGAGCUUGUCUUUGUUCCUCGCAGUCGCGGCAAAGGUCCUCCUACCAGAGGUGGAGGCGCGCGUGCUAGCAGUGCUCGCAAGCCUGCUGCAGUCAAGGCAGCCGCUCCACCAGUCGAAGCCGUGGCCGAGAUCCCUACGCAGCCGAUUGACCCGGAUUCUUUCAGCCGCUCCCUGGGCGUGCCUACCAGCAAGCAGCCUACCAUUGAUCUGAGCACGCAGGCCGGUGCUUCCCGUGGAAUCGCGAGCGCCUCCCGUCGCCACGCCAACGCCCGACGGGGCGGCGGCUCUCGCGGACCUUCCCGUGGGAGCAGCCGAGGCCGUGGCAAACUGUGGGUUCCUUGA